AUGACAGAUAUGGAUAAUUCUCAUGCAAGAACAACUUUAACAUUCAUCCAAAAAAGGAAAAACAUGUUAGACAGUAUCACACUCGAUGGAACUACUUUAACCAUACCAGAAGUCCUUGCAGUCAGCAUUGAGCCAAGCAUGAAAGUAAAAAUUGCUGAGAUAUCCAUGGAAGAGUUAACAGCAAAUGCAGUGUAUCUAAAAAAGAAGUUAGAAAAGGGACUUGUUUUGUAUGGGAUAAACACAAGCUUCGGUGGAAGUUCCGACGUGCGUUCGUGUAAAUUUGAAGAUGUGCAGAUGGCGUUGAUCCGUCUUGUUAAUGUUGGAAUGGGUCGAAUGUUUCCUUUAGAAAUGAUUUGGGCUGCAAUGGUAACGAGGGCAAAUUGUCUUGCAAAAGCAUAUUCUGGAGUACGUGCUGAAGUGGUCACAACUCUGACUGAUCUCAUCAAUAACGAUAUUGUGCCCGAAGUUCCACUGCGUGGAUCUGUUAGUGCUAGCGGAGAUCUGAUGCCUCUAGGUUAUAUUGUGCCCGAAGUUCCACUGCGUGGAUCUGUUAGUGCUAGCGGAGAUCUGAUGCCUCUAGGUUAUAUUGUGCCCGAAGUUCCACUGCGUGGAUCUGUUAGUGCUAGCGGAGAUCUGAUGCCUCUAGGUUAUAUUGCAGCAACCAUGAUAGGAAGAGAAGAUAUGAAAGUGUUUAAAGAAGAGAAAAUAAUGUCUUGUCCGCAAGCUCUUGCAGAGGCUGGUAUAUCACCGAUUGUAUUUGGCCCAAAGGAAGGCUUAGGGGUAAUAAAUUCAUGUUCAUUCACUGCCGGGUUCUCGGCUCCAACACUUUAUGACGCAAAUUUGCUUCUUCUUCUUACCCAAGUAUGUACCGGACUGUCAAUUGAAGCAGUGAAAGGAAGAACAGAGAGCUUCCAUCCUCUUAUCCACAACUGUCUUCCUCAUAAAGGUCAGAAAGAAAUAGCAAGGAAUAUGUUGUCAAUUCUAGAAGGUAGUAAGUUAGCUAUCACGACAUUAGACAUGCACCUGCCAGACAAAUGUGGAGUUCUUAAGGAAGAUCGUUAUAGUGUGCGGAGUUCACCACAAUGGCUUGGACCAGCUGUUGAAACACUUAACGAAGCAUGCAGAAGAAUAACAAUUGAACUUAACAGCGCAAAUAAUAAUCCACUAAUUGACCAUCGCACAGAUACAGUUUUACAUAACGCUAAUUUCCAGGGAGAAACUAUGUCUAUCGCAAUGGACCAAACACGACAAGCGCUUGGAAUUUGCGGGAAGCUACAAUUUGCUCUAUUCGAAGAGGUUGUAAAUGAUAAGCUGAAUUUCGGAUUCCCACCGAAUCUAAGUGGAUGUGACAUCAAUGUUGAUUUCGGAUUCAAAGGCUGUGAUAUAGCAAUGGCCUCUUACAUGUCUGAACUCGAUCAUUUUGUCAACCCUAUGAGUAAUCAUAUAUUGAGUGCAGAAUGCCACAACCAGGCAAUCAAUUCAAUGGCUUUAGUCUCCGCGCGAUUCACCUCAGAGGCAGUGGAAAUUGUACAAAUGAUGACAGCAAACCUACUUCUUCUAACUGCACAGGCCAUCGAUCUACGUCACCUUCGAAAUAUCGUCCUAAAAGAAAUUGACUUACUUGCGCAAGAAUAUCCCGACAUUACGUCGACUUUAAAGGAGAUAGAAUGGUAUGACUUGCUGUUUUUAUCUAAACAAAAGGCUUCUAAGGAGACAAAUUUACUAUCAGGAAAAGAACACACAGAAGCUAGGGAACGUCUCUCAAAUAGAAUGUGUAUCCUUUACAAAAAUGCAUGUAAUGGAAAUAUAGAUGCCGCCAAACAGAUGGGAAAAGGUAGAUUAUAA